AUGCGGUGCGGCGGCGGCGGCAGGCCACUGGUUUUCCGUCGGCUUGUUGAUCAUUUCCAGCUCGGAGACAGGGCCGUGGCGCCGCCCGCGGAAACGCGUGGGGCUACCUGCCUGCCGCCGCCCCCGACACCGACCGGAGGCGCCUGCCUCCGCUCCUCCUCGUCCGGACUCGUUUCGAUUUUGGUGAACACACCUCUAUCGCCCCGACCUCGACGCGACCCCUCUCGCUUGGAUCCGGACGGCCCGGUCCCUCCGCCCUCCCAUGCGCACGGCGCCGCCGCCGCCGCAGCCGACAUGACGCUCGCAGCCCUCGCCCGUGCCCUCGACCGGUCCGCGCGCUCCUCCCGCCCGCGCCAGGGUUUCCAGCUCGGGGGCCUCCGGCAGUCGCCCGCGCCACCGCUACAGCCGCCUGUCCACGGCGGUGAGGGUGGGGCGGCAGGAUUUGUUCGCAGCUACCUGACUGCGGCCUCGUCGGCAGCUCUUGGGAAUCCAUCCGCGGGCAAGACUGUGGAUUGGAGAUAUGUCCUCGCCAGCCCACAUUUCCGACGCCUCUUCUCGGACGGGUCCAAGAAGAACUACGAGAACUAUUACCCCAAGGGUAAGAAGGAGGUGCCUAAAGGAGAUGGUACAAACAAGUCUGAAUCUAAGCAGGAAUCCAAUACAGAUGAAGGAUGGAAUUUUCAGGAUAAUGCUAUGAAACAGAUGCAGAAUUUCCUUGCGCCUUUAUUGAUUCUUGGCCUGAUGCUAUCAUCCAUGUCAUCUAGCUUCGCAGACCAGAAGGAGGUCUGCAAUUUCUUGGGGCCACAGAAAACUAACAAUACUGUUGCAAGUCCUUGUGUACCAAAUCCUGUCUCUAAUUCAUGUUAGCAUUAUCUGCAUUUUAAUUCUUGGAUGACUGAUUUUGACCUUACAAUUGCUUCUUUAUCUUCAGGUCAGCUCUAUACGCGAGUCACCUUAGUAUUACAUUGGCCUUAGUACCUUAUUUACUAAUAUAGAGCCAAGAGCAAAACUCACAUUUACUUAUAGGUUGCACAUAUUGUCGGAACUGUAUUGUGUUGUUUGUCACCAAUAUGCACCAUUAUGAAUGAAAUUUGCAUCUAAGCUUUAGAUCAGG